AUUGCUAUUAUAUGUUAUGUUAAGAAAAAAAACAAAGACACAAAAUCUUCUGUUCCUCCUCAAAUGAUUGAAGCUUAUAACUAUGCUCAAGUAGACUACUCUGCUAAAUCAUCUUCCUCUACGAUACAAGCUCCUCCAAAACCAGCAAAAGCAAUUUCACCCGAAGCUGAUAAUCAGGUUUUAUAUUCUGCCAUUCAAAAAUCGGCAGCAUCUCAUAACCCACCACCACCUCCAGAGGGUACUGAGUAUGCUGAUCUUGAUCAUAGUUCUUCGUCGUCUGGUAGACGCCACCAGAGACCCAAGGACACCAGUAAUCAAGUCACGUAUUCUCAUGUGACUCAUCAUCAUGAUAGACGCAGAGUGAGGGGAAGUAACCAUGGGAACUAUUAUUAAUUAAUUACUGAACUACUUUGAACUAGUAUAAGCACACUGUCUUGUUUUGCCUUUUAUGUGUGUCCUAAUAAUAUGAGGAUGAUGUGUAGCAUAUGUACAUGUAUGCUCAUGAUGUCCAUUUGUAUGUUAUGGUGUGCAUUAUGUAUUAUCACAUGCUUAGUGUCAGCUGCCCCUGUACUAUACAACUGGUAUAUCUUUGUCAUUGAUGGUAUUAUUGUGUACACAUUUGUGUUAUUCAACUAGAA